GUGAAACUGGUGAAGCUAAAAACUACAGAAGAUAUGAGUCUGCAAGUGUUUAUCCUUUGUGCUGUUUCUGGUUUAGUCUCAGGAGCUGGUGUGUUGCCUGACUCUGUGGAUGCAGCUCUAGGAGGCACAGUCAUGUUCACCACAUCACUGGCUCCAACACAAACUCCAUUUAUAGCAAUAGGAUGGUCAACUGGCAUUAAAAAUAUCAUCAGUUCACAUGCUGGUGGUAACUUCACUGGUCCAGAGUAUGAAGGCAAGAUCACUCUGUUCAUCUCUACUGGAUCUCUGGAGCUCAGGAACGUGGCUCUUAGUGACACUGGACAGUACAGUGUUACCAUGAUACCAGCAGGAGCUGCAGCAAUAGAAGGAUCCAUUAUAUUGAACAUUUAUGAGCCCGUGUCUAAUGUGAGAGUCACAGUCAACAGCUCAGACUUAGUGGAGUUCAACAGUUCUGUGACUCUCUCCUGUUCUGCUGAUGGGGCCAAUUCGACAACUUUCCUGUGGUUAAAUGGCAGUACUGAAGUUACAGCCAGUGACAGAGUGCACCUCACUGAUGGAGGAGCAACUCUCACUAUAACCACUGUGGGGCGCUAUGACCAGGGACCAUUCACAUGUAAAGUGUCUAAUCCUGUCAGUAGCAGCAUCAGUGACCCAGUACAACUCUCCAUCAACUAUGGACCUGAUGGUGCCAUUUUGAGAACCCCUCCUUUACUUGAUUACUAUGAAGAAGGGUUAGACAUGACUCUCUCCUGCUUAGGUGACUCCAGACCUGCAGCUCAGUUUAAAUGGCUUUUAAAUGGAGAGCUGUUGUCUUUUACUGGAGCACAGAUACAAAUGACAAACAUGGUGACAAGUCAGAGUGGAAACUACAGCUGUCAGGCUUUCAACAGCAAAACUCUCAGAUAUAAAACGUCUCAACCUGCAAGCAUCUCUGUGCUGAGGAGAAUCACAAAUAUUCAUGUUGAGUCAUCAUCCAAUGAGCCAAUCGAAGGCGCCUCAGUGAAUAUAACCUGUGAUGCCUCUGGCCCCAUCUUCACCAGAAAGUGGUUGAUAAAUGAACAGGAGCUAAAUCCUUCUGAAAACAUUGUAUUUUAUGACCAGAAACGAGUGUUGUCCUUUAGAGUCCUGAAGAGAAAAGACAGUGGAAAAUACAUGUGUGAAAUCAGCAACCCCAUCAGCACUCAGACAACUGUUUACACUCUGAGUGUAAUCUAUGGACCAGAAAAUGUUCAAAUCUCAGGUCCUAAAGAGAUUCAAGUGAAGGGAACACUAAAAUUAACCUGUUUUAGUGACUCUGUACCAGCUGCUAACUACACCUGGAUAAAGAAUGGGACUGUUCUCACUCAGUCGUCUGAAUAUAUCAAAUCCAUGGCUGGAUCUUCAGACAGUGGACAGUACAUCUGUCGAGCUUCAAAUGAAAUCACAAAGAAAACAUCUGAGGCAGCACAUACAGUGUUUGUUACAGCAGCUCAGGGGAGUCUCUCAGCUGGAGCCAUCGCUGGGAUAACUGUUGCUUUAUUAGUGGUUGUUGCUGGAGCUGCAGCAGGAGGGUUUUAUGUGUAUAAACACCAAAAAGACAGAAGGUUGAGCAAAAACAGUCUGAAGGAGCAGCAUGUCUACGAGAAUCCUUCAACUGCACACAACUUUAACACUGAUGAAGAAAAUGUGUAUGAGAAUGAUUUAAAUGCAUAUGACAGACAUUUGUAAAAAAAAAAAUUAAUUUUACUUCACUAUAAUAGAUAUUAACGCUCAUAUAUGAAUGUACUAAGUUAAUAGUAAAAUACACCAGUGUUUUUGUAGUUAUAUUUGAUUAGUCUUCAUAACUAAGUAAUUGUUAUAUUAUGAGGUUACUGCUGUGGAAAAUAACUCUACAGAUGACUGAUCCUUUUUGGAGGAUAAUAUGUGUAGAACUUUAAAGACCACAUGAUGAAAAAGGACGUACUAUUGUGAGGUGAUGAGAAACACACAGAUUUCCUCUCAAGAAGUCGUCUUGGGUUUUUCUGCCUAAAAAAGGGUCUAUAAAUGGUUUGUUUCUAUAUUCCAAUGAAAACUGUUAUAUGACCAGAACUGAAUGCUGUCUUUAAAACAUCAGUCUGACAAUGCCGGACAGUCAGUCAUCAAUUAAUGUUAAUUUUGGAGAAACCAGAGCCUUAUAUUCAGUGGUUGUAACAGGUAUGUUCAGACUUAACUGCAUGCUUACAUACAUGCAGCCUGACUUUGAACUGGGCUACCGGACUUGAAAUCAGGCUACUCACAUCCACAAACACGUUCAUACACCAAGAAGGCAGAGAGUCUUGCCCAAGAAAUGUAUUGUCAUUCAUUGUGUAGUAAAUCAUGUUAACUGUUUUAUCAAUAAAACACAUUAGGUCUAAUGGUUUGUUCACUGU